CAUAAUGUUCGUCGAAAUAGGCUUCUUGCUCUCGGAGAUCCCACCGAAGGGAUCCAAGAUUGGACCUCGCCGCAGAACGACAGUCAGCCGUCGUUACAAUAAGAGACGGCCUGCAUUGCAGGGGCAACUGUGCCGCAGAUUAGUGAUGUGAACCUAAAAAUUGGCCUUGCAGGGGAGCAAGCCAAUCAGAACCAGGCAGUGAUGACCAAGAACGACAAAGUUGCCCAAACGAGCAUAUCAAAACUGGUUCCUCUACCUAGCAUCGCCAAUGUCAGCACCAAAAGCUCACGCGCUCUUGGUAUGCUUUGCAGAUCUUCGGGUGGAAGGAAAACGAGGACAAGGGAAUGUCAUGGUGACAAAGGUCACAGAUACCAGCUCCAUGUGGUCUACCAGGGUCACAACCCGCUCUGGUCGAGUGAGGCCCCGGUAUGGUCCCCGGUCUGGACACCGGGAGGGGAAGGGCCCGUAUCUCCCUAGGCCACCCUCACCAGGUCCAUCAUCUCACGUCUUUGCUGAUUUCUCUCUCUUUUUGCCUCUCGCCCUCGUUGUUGCGCCUGCUGAUUGUCUCUCGUUUUUUCUCAGCAUCUAUUGGCGAUCAUCAGGUCGGGUCUGACAGCAGCACUAGGAGGUGUCAAGAUCUCCCAUAUCCUUUCCUCAUUCUUGCACUGCUCUUCCUAGCACCAGCAUUGGGCGUUGGGCAAGUGGAAGAGCGGGCAUUAAAGCCAAGUUUGAGAUUGGAAUUUGCGAGCCGGCAACGGGCCUUUCUAACUAUCCAUAUUCUUCUUCGAGAUGGCGUCAUUGCUAUCAUCACUGCUUCUACUUGGGGCUGCCAUCUCACCGGCACAGGCACGUGUAGCAGCUUGGUGGAAUGGCGUCGGGCCUCAAGUGAUUGUCCAGAACGAGACAACUGGACUCAUCCGAUACAGCAGAUGCAACCUCUUUGACAACCCAAAAUACUCUUACACCGACGGGAGUGUCUUCUCCCUUACAUACAAGCCCAAGAACGAUACGCCUCUGGCUGGCUCGGGGUACUGGUCGAACGAAUUCACAGCUGCCUCGAUCUACUAUCUGACCGAAAGAUAUGAGAUUGCCAACGGUCUGUUCCACUGCAACAUGACUACCGGGCUCUUUGAAAGCAAGGGGAACUGGAUCAUCAGCAAGCCAUCGCCUAGCGUUCAUCAAAACACCGGAUUGGCUUCUUUGCUCCUGGGUGAAGAGGGAGGAUAUCGGCUGUUUUAUCACAAUAAGGAUGGCCAGGUUGCCCAACUUGGUUAUACGAGAGACGACGGCCAAUGGUUGUACAAGGGCAUGGUAAGCAAAGAUGUCAACACUGUACCCGCUCUUGGGGCUGCCCACUCUGGAAAGGAGAACAUCACGGUUAUAUCUACCAGGGACUUCAGCAAUAUUGGGGUUACAAGAUGGAAUAGUGCUGGGACUUGGUGGAGGUCCACGCUACCCCAAGCCUUGGGAAACGAAACCGAUGUGAUCACCAGCAAGACGAACAAGACCGAAAUUGCAAUCAAUGCAACGGCACCAGUCAACUUCACCUUGCCUGCUUAUGAUGCCGCCACCAAGGGAAUGGGGAUCAGCAUCAACAGGAACUACACACGUUUCAUCUGGUAUAUUGGCACCGAUAAGAAGAUCCACCAGAUUGGAAACACAAACUAUUUCUGGAGUAUCCGAGAGAACCAGACCGAAUCAUUCUGGCCCGAGGCAGAUGAGCCCAACGCCAGCGUCGGUGUUGCUUUCGACUUUUCAUCCAGUCUGGUGCACCUCUACUACAUGGCGAAGGGAAAGCUCGUCCAAGCCAAGUAUGAAAACGAAUCUUGGAAGGCAUGGUCAAAUGUGCCUGAGCCCCCCGCCGAACAAACCACCAAGGACCCCACCCCUUCUGGACCUACCACCACGGAAUCCCCUGUUUCUGAACAAUCGGAUGUGCCAAACGAGGGUCUCUCCACCGGUGCUAAAGCUGGGAUUGGAGUGGGUGUAUCAGUUGGCGUCAUUGCUGUUGGAGUGCUCAUUGCAGUUAUCGUGUUGCUGAAGCGUAAGAAGCACGAGGGAUUCGAACACCCGCCCCAACAGCACACGGACGACGGCUCAACGAUUGCUCCCACCACCCCUGCGCCAUCAUAUGGUGUCCCUCACCCCCAAAACCCAUUGAUGGUUCACUACAACAACAUUGCUCCUCAGUAUCACAACUACCAAAUGGCGCAGUAUGAUGGUUACGCCUGGGAUCAGAAGUAUGCUCCUAUCACAUCAAACUCCCCACCAGCAUCACAGCCAUAUAGUUCUCCCCAGUCAACAUACGCCGCAAUGCCAAUCCAGCAGCUUGACUCGGAGACCCGUCCGACAGAGCUGUAUGCUCAGCCUCUAUAUGAGCUCCCAAACCAGACGAAUUCUCAUGAGCUAGUGGCAGAGCCGAAGAGAACCGCGGCGGAGCAGCAGGAAAUAUACGAGACGCAGCAGUUGGAGCAGCAACGGCGGGCGAUGUAUCAGCAGCAGCGGCAACAACAGCAACAACAGGCGCAGAUGUACCAGGAACAGCCGCCACAGUACCAGCAACUCCUCACCAGCCACCAGUAUGGUGUGGCCACAGUCUGGCUCGUCUCAACCGUUGGAAUCAAGUCCAAUGCCAAGAAGAUCUCACGCAAGGCGAUCCAGGAGGUCAACGUCCAGAAGGCUUGCGAAACUAUCUUGGAGCCUGGUGCCCCUAUUGCCCUGCGUCUCCAAGGCAGUCUUCUCUAUGGCGUCUCCAGGGUGUACUCGCAGCAGUGCCAGUAUGUAUUGGCCGACGCUGAGAAGGUGCAGGCCCAUAUGAUGGCUUUUUACAAUGCCAUGGGCGGAAAUGAGAAUGCACUGGAUCCGAGGGCAGGCCAGGCCAAACGGAAGGAGCUCAUACUCCAAGACGACCCUGAUUUUGACCUCAACUACCAGCUCCCCGUCUUUGAGCUUGACGAUGACGGUAACUUGAUUCUUCCAGCCGUCGAAAGCCAAGCAUCACGCAACAGCACUUCACAGAUGUCACCUCACCAGCUCGACAGCUUCAACGCUGGCGGCAGCUCGAUCCAUGGGGGCCUUGACCUCCCCGGAUCUUCUUCUGGUCUUGGAAACCCAUUCCAUGACGGUCCCUUUGGCAGCGAUGACAUAGAUCAUGGCAUAGACAACCAACAGGUGCUGCCCUUCGGCGAUGGGGAGCGACAGCUUGCACCCAUCGAUGAUUGGGGCAUUGAAAUCGACGCAGAUGGGAACGUGUUAGCCCUUUUCGAGGAGCCUGAGCUGCCGCAGAUUCCCCAGGUCGAUGUUUCCAAGGCCGAUGACCACCUUCCCUCUGAUCUCGGUCUCGAUCGAUUCGAUAGCGAAGGAGACUUCAUUAUGGCUAACAGAGACCCUGCCAUUCCUUCUGAUCCGCGCCUGCCGUCUGAACCCCCUGUCCUUCCUCAAGUCGGCCAGGCGCAGCAAGAAGAGAACCAAGAGCAGCAACAACAAGAGGCUGAAAUGGACGAAAACGCUAGUGAAGUUCAAGCUCCAGCUCGUGCUCGACGUCAGCGUCGUCGCCAACUUCUCGCGCCAGAUGAUCAGACUAUGCUCACUCGUGGGCAGAUUCGACUCUGGGGUGACACUUACGCCAACAGAGCUGAUGAAGAGACCGCUCGACAGCAGCGACGUGGGCUCACAGCCACGGAAACACGGAUGAAUGCUUACAAUCUGGUGUUCGGACAGGGUCUCGCCAACCUUGGCUACUUGGCCGGCUACCCUAACAUCCCGCACCCCUUGGCCCCCUUAUUUGCAGGAGAGGGUCUCGCUCAGCAGUUAGGUUUCAUCAGCCCAGAUUUCGACGUCAGCGGCGAUGUACCCGCCACCCCCCGUAGCCGCCGUCGCACAGCCUCACAAGCCCUCGAGCUAGAAGAAGACGAAGUCGCCCGUCGGGUCCGUCCCCGCCUCAGCAAUGAGCCCGACGCCCCACAAGGUGCCCCCCAACUUACAAACGAAGCCAAACUCUUCCUCCUGGGUGAACAAGGAGAGCCAAUUGAAGCAGGCAGAAGGGGCACCAGCGCCCAACUCUCAGACGCAAUCCACUCCGAUGCCCCCUGGAACAGACCCUCCUCUCACAUCCCUAGCUCCUCCAUCAAAGGCGGUGCCGGCUCCAAACCCGGCAGCCGUCACGUCAGCGCCUCCCCCCUCACCCACCGUGCCAGAGCUGGUAUCUUGGGGGGAUCAGACCAGAUCGAACGCUUCAGCGAUCAGCCCAUCUUUGGAUCAGACACGGGUUUCUCCCAAGGAGGAGGUGGUGUCUUCCUCUCUUCUGAUCCCAUCAUCGAUCCGAUUGAAGCCCCCAAGGAGAUAAAGGUGCCAGCUGAUACCUCCCAGCAGAUGAUCAAUGCCCUUGAUCGCGAGGGGCAGAACUUCGCAAGGUUUCUCCGGCAUAUUGCCAAGACCAAGGGGUACGCCAAUGAGGAUGAUGAGCAGGACGAGAAAGCCUGGGUGAGCUUUGAUGACUUGUUUGAGCCGGAGGAUAGGAAGAGGGCGGUGGUGGUGCAGGCUUUUCAUCAUGUGUUGACUUUGGCGACGAAGAAUGUGGUGAAGGUGAAGCAGGAUGGACAGGGGGGGCUGAAGCCGUUUGGGGAGAUCAGGGUGGGGGUUGACUUGCCUUUGUCUGAGGAUGGUGGCGAGGAGGGGCAGGAUGAGGAGAUGGGGGAUGGUGGUGAGGAGUCGAGGAUUGCUACUGGGGAUGAUGAUGAGGAGUAAAUGGGAUGAUGCAUUUAUCGCAUCUUUGGGCAAAAAUUCAUCGGAUUUUGGGAGGAUUUGCGUAAUGGAGAGAUUUCGGAAAUCUCACAAAAGCUGUUGCUUGGAUGGGGAGGUCAUAUUUCCGGAAUGCUCUGUACCGUGUUGCUUGCAUCUGCGCGAAGCGGACGGAGUUUCGGACACAAACAACAAUUAAUACAAAGCAUAGGAGAGCAUGGGGUGGAGGAAAGGCAUCAUGGUGACGCUGCAUAAACAUUAGAUUCGCAGGAUCACAAUGCUCAAUAAACUCAAUUUGUUCUUU